AUGUCAAAAGACAAUCAAAGUAAAACUUCAUUUAAAAGUUUUGAUUCAAAAGCUUCUCCUGUUCCUGUCACUGACACCACUGUCUCUAUUAUAUUAGAUCCAAACAAAGAUGCUCAAGAAAUUGCAGGUGUAUUACACACAUAUUGGCAUAUGAAAGAAAGACAAUGGAAUCGAAAAAUUACAAUGACAUUUACAAAUUCGAGUAAAACUUUUAGUGUUUUAUAUUCUAUUAGUAUUGCAAUUAUCUUUUUGAUUUACUUAAUGCUUCAAAUAUUUCUGUUUAAACGGCAUAAUAAAUUUAUUGUAGAAUAUUUAUUAGAGGCUGUUCUUUCAAUUGCUUGUAUUUUGUUUGGUCCUCGUUUACAAAUGAAAUAUCGAAUUCUUACUACUGAGGCAUAUCUUUUUACCAUUAUUUUUUUUAUUUGUUCAUGGUAUUAUCAACCAGGGUAUUAUGUUCCCUAUUUAUUUUGUUGUGUUUUGUUGGGUUUAUUUUCAUUAUUUAUUUAUUCAACUUCACUUCGUUUAAAGAGAUUUUAUAUUAGUCAAAUAAGACGGGAGACAGGGUCAAUUAGAAAAAUUGUUCAAGAAGACACAAUACGAUAUGAAAUUCAGCAAGACCAGUUCUUUAGUAAUCCUCAUUUAUGUGUUUUAGAGUCUAAAUAUUCAGGACUAGUAGAAGGAGAAUCGCUUUGGAUUGAUACAAGCUAUCAAGGAGAAUAUGUUAGUGGGUGGUUUGAAAAUGGUGAACCUGUUGGUCCUUUUGAAUCAAUUGAAAAUGGGACUAGAAAUGUUUUACAUAGUUUACGUAUUAUUUUUGCUACAGACGCCCAGGGUAAAUACACUAAUCAUCGUAAACCACUGCAUUAUGGUGUUGCUGGAGUUGAGUGUAACGUUUCUGGUAAUUUUUAUUUAGGAUAUCCACGUUGUCGGUUUAUCAAUGGACCAACAUUAUGUCAAUGUCAAGGUCCAUGUCAAUGUUUAAAUAAUCAAUUUUUAUAUUAUAAGCACUCUGACGAUAAUAAACCAGUUGAAACUAUUACUGUUGCUAUUGACUCUCUAAACAAUCUUUCAAUCUCUGGGUUCCAAGGGGAUGUUGAUGAUAUUAAAUUAAACUAUGAUAAUGGCCAAAUUGGGAUUGAUGAACGUUGGUUGCCAAUCGCAGAAGAAGGAAAAGAGGCAUUAAUAUACAUUCAUGGAUUAAAUCAUACAUUAGUUGAUGCACUAAAGAGAUUAGGUCAAUUACUUGCAUUAGGACAUUUUCCAAAACAUAUUAUCCCAUUUGUGUUUAGUUGGCCAUCAUGUUCUAAUCCAUUUUUGUAUUGUUGUGCAGCGAAUGUUUCUAGUGAUAAUGCAGUUCAUAGAGAUUUACGUCGAUUUCUUUAUUCUCUUCGUAAUACAAAAAUAAAGAAAAUUCAUUUCUUAGGACAUUCAUUAGGAACAAGAUUUUUCUUACAAAGUUUUUCAAUGUUAAAAGAAUUAUUUGCUCCAACAGAAGAAUUUUGUAGAGAUCAUGGACUGUUUGAAGUUCACAAUUUAAUAUUAUUAUCUGGAGAUUAUGACGCAGCUACAUUUGUUGAUGAUUAUCCUGAUUUUAUUCCAUAUAUUAAACACGUUUCUUUAUAUGCAGACUCUCGAGAUAUGGCAUUAAGAUCAAGUAAAUUUAUGAUGAGAGGAAGUAGAAUAGGUCAAAAUGUUUCAGUCUUUAAAGAUUUAAAUGGAAAGAAAUUAGAUGAUAUUGAUGUUAUAGAUACAGGCGAUCUUGAACGAAAUAUUGAUGGAGCUAAUCAUGGUUUCUUUAAUAUUAAUACUUCAAUGAUUGAAGAUCUUCAAGAAGUUAUUUGUUCAGGUAAAACUGCUGCACAAAGAACUAGUAGAUUAGUUGAAAAAGAUGGUGUAUAUCAUUUUACACUUCUUCCACGAAGUGUUAAGAUGUGA